AUCAAUCACAGGCUAUCUGGCUUAUUCUUUUGACCAUUUUCCUUCACAUUGCAAAGAUAUAAGGGGGUUUAGAGUAGGGAAAUUAUCUACGGCAAUGGUUGACCAGUGGCCAUGAGAUCGAGGACCGCCCCCAAGGCAACACCACGGUACCCUUUGCUCUUGUCUUUCUGACCUUAUUGAGUAGCGUUAUAGAGACUUGUGUUCCUGCCAUUCACCAUGCCUCCUCUGGAGCCAUCUGAAGACAAAGAAGAAGGUCGUGAGCAAGCUCAGGAGGAGCUUAACAGUGUGGGUCCUCGUCGUGGUCAUGCCAAGUACAGCAUUGAUGCUGUAGCCGCAUCCAGCACUCAUGUUUUGUCCCCCCAACAACUCCAAGACUGGUUGCAUCAUCGCGUGUCGCGCCAACAAUGUCUCUCCAAGAAAUACUUUGUCAGUUGGCGGAAUUGGUGUACCGCGGCGGUUCAUGCCAUUCGCAGUUGUCUGGCCCAAGAGUUACCGCAUCCCCCGUGCGAUGCCCAAUUUGGCCGCUUGUUUUACCAAUUGGCUCAAGGCGUGGAUCGCGGUGAAAUGCCAUCGUUUGCCCAUCCCACCGCCCGAUCCGCCUAUGCCCUCGAAUUCUUUUGUCGAGCCCGACUCGUUGCGGAUCUACUCCUGACCAAGUACCAUCUUGGUAUUGCUGCUACUAUGAAACGUACUUGUGCGAGGGAAGGACAAGAAGACAGAUCAGAUUAUGAUGCCGAGGAGGAAGAAGAAGAUGUCUAUGCCCAAAAGUUUUGUCCUUUAUCAUCCACAUCCACAGGCACUACAGGCAGAACCUGCCGUGUCUUGUCCUUGGGAGGAGGACCGGGAUAUGACUAUGUAGGAGUUUUGCUUGCUGAUUGGUUUGGAACGUGCGGCCACAGCACCACUACCAUUCAGGGAACAGUCUUGGACUACGAAGAGGGAUGGCACGAUGUCGUAGAAGCCAUGAAUACGGCCACUCAAACGGCCCUUCAAACAUCUUCAUGUCUCCAAUGGGGCGGUACCUGCGACAUUACCCAAUCCCUCCUGGAUCAUCCUUCCAAUGCCACGAAUUGCCUCCCCUUGGUCGAUACUACCGACGUAUUCAUUUGUCAGUAUACCAUUGCCGAAAAUGCACAUGCCUUGCGACACUCCAACUACAUUUUCUUUCAACAACUCUUUCAACGAGCUCCAACCGGAUCGCUCAUUCUCCUCAUUGAAGUCACGCCCCGUCUGUGGCCCGACAUUGUGGCACUAUUACCGCCACUCGACACUGACACUACAAGAUUCCGCAUUGACUUUUGCAAGGCUCGGAAUCGAUCCAAUGGACCACAACUCAUGAUUCAAAAACUAUCCAUAACCACCAUUUCUACGUCUAGUACUGCUUUGGACCGGCACAAUCAACGGGCGCUCGAGGCAUGCGGGGAAUUUCGCAAACUGAAACAAUUGCACGACCGCAAAAUGGACGCUGGGUUUCAACGACAAUCGAGAAAGGUACGGGGGACCAAAUAACUAGACAAACCAACAAACAUGGCAAGCAAACAACCGCAUGGCAAAGGAACCUCCAUGGACCAUGCAUGUGCGAUCAAUACCGGCACAUAGAUGUAGUCUCCCGAUGUACAUAUAUACCCCUAGCUAUAGCUUUUGAUUCUAUCUCUU